CAGUUUUCCUCGUAUUUCACAUAGUUUCUCUCACUUUCUCUGUCUCUCUCCGAACUUCUCACUCCAUGGUGGAAAUUGUGAUGAACUUUUGAGCUGUAAACAUUAUUUCAGUGACAAGAAGACGACGUUGGGAGUGUGACUGCACUCUGACUCUCGCAGUGAUGGCGGAGAUGCUGGCUGUGUCCUUUCUGACUGCUUUCAUCAUGGCUGUCGAUGCCUCCCCAAGGAUGAACACGACCACCGCCAUGCUCCAGUUCAACUUGUCCACUUCCCCCUCCCUGAGUUCCAUCCCAAUUACACUCCCAAACUGCCUCCCUCUGGUGUCACCCCCCAUCCUGGGGGUCAUCCAGGUGACAGCAGGGUCCACGCCCUGCUCAGGAGUAGUGUACCUGCAGCUGGGCCACCUUCACCCGCUGCCUCUGUGCAACAACAGUAUCACCAAACUUAACAAGCAGGAGGUGUGCAAGAGCUGGCGCUGUGGCAGUUUCCAGACCUGGAAGGUGCUGCAGCAGAACAUGCUGGGAUAUUGGAUCGCUAACGGAACUGUGAUGAAUACUACGUGCCAGAUAACAGAGAUCCAUUGUGAAGCUGGCUCUGUCGACAAAGAGAUGUCGGCAUACAGGACAGCGACGGCCCUGCUGUGCACCCUCCUCCUGCUACUGCUCCUCGCCAUUUUCGGACCUGCUACCUACAAGACUGUGAUGCAGAGAAAGUUGGAGAAGAGGAAGGACAGGUGGAUUGGGCCCAUGCAGAGUCAGAGUGUGUCCUUUCAUAGAGUGCAAGCUGGAAUUCACCCAAACAGCGAUACCGACAAGAGACAGUCUUCAAUUGGCUUGGAAAGAUUAAUGGUCAACAGCAGCAGGGAACCGUCUUCCAACCGGAACAGCAACUGCGACUCGUACAACUAACCCUUCCCCAGGCACCUUCUCCCGUGGCGCUCUAUAACAAUAUGGGUGCGAUAAUUACGGUCCAGGAACUGAUCUCUUCACUUCACCUGUGCUCUGAUUCCUUGUACAACUGAAUAAACUGUCUUAAGACUGUGAAACGAACUUGUGUUGGGAAACGAGUGCUUUUUCUGCAACUGCAGAGC